CGUUUCACCACUCCACAAUGUUACUAAAACCGGUGUUGUUUAGCGUCUUUGUGACUCUAGUGGCCUCCAAAUCGACUCCAGGUGUCACAUUCAAAAAUGUCCAAGUUAUUGGUUACAACAUGUACACCCGGAAAUUCAACACAACUAUCAAAUCAUCGAACAAUUUGAAAGAAAACCUUCCGAAAAAAGUCUUGUUUGAUCGACUUGACAUAAUCGAUAGUGAAAUUCCCGUUUUGUACAAAAACUCGAUUUCAGAUUUGGAUUUGGAUGAGUUGAUUUUCUCAAAUAACGACAUUUUGGAAAUUCAACCAGGGGCGUUUAAAAACGUCCCCCAACUUCGCAAAUUAGAAAUCCGGAAUAACAAGAAUUUAGAAGAAAUCAAAAGUGGUGUUUUCAAUAAUUUGAAUGUUGCAGUUUUGGAUUUGGGCAACAAUUCGAUUAGUGUGAUAUCUUCUGGGGCUUUUGACGACAUGCCCGAGUUGUUGAACGUUAACCUUGCUGAUAAUUUGGUGAAAAUUUGGGACCAAAACUGGUUUAGAAACACCCCAAUGUUGACACGAGUCUCGUUCCAGAACAACUUAAUCGAGGAAAUUCCCCCAAACGCUUUCAAAAACUUCCAAGGCGAGAAAAAAUUCGGUUCGGUGUCGCUCACCAUCAACAUUGUGUUGAGCCACAAUUUGAUCAAGCAAAUCCACAAAGACGCUUUCAAAGGUCUGGAAAAAAUCAACAAUUUGUGGUUAGAUAGUAACGAAUUGCGUGAAUGGGACGAAAAUUUGUUAACCGGAGUCACAAUAAAUGAUUUAAGAAUUGAUAAUAAUAAGUUGGAGUGUGUGAAUGGUAAUUUGGAUGGGAUUUUCGUCGCUGCUACAACUCACAUCGAUGGUAAUCCGUGGGAUUGUGGGUGUUUGAAAAAUAUUGAUUUGUGGGCCUCCAAAUCGUCCAAACACGUGGUUUUGAUUUAUUCGAAAAUGAACUGCGAUGCUGAACGAAUCGCCCGGAAAUUGGACGAUUUGAAUCUCCGACUCAAGGAAUUGAAGGAAAAUGAGCCCAGAGGCGUUUAUCGGCUUCUUGGCAACAGUCCUGCUGAAAAUUUAACAGCAGGAAUCAUCGCAAAUGUCGAAGAUAUGCACACUUUGUUUUUGCGAGACGAUUCGAUUCGGGAAAUUCAGCCUGGAGCUUUCCAAAACUUGCCAAACCUCAAAAACCUCAUAAUACAAUACAACGAGAUUUCGAAGAUCCCAGCAGGAAUUUUCAACAAUUUCCCGAAAUUGACGUAUUUGGAAUUGGGUGAUAAUCAAAUCUCGUAUGUUGAUCCGCACGCUUUUGAUAAUUUGACUCGUUUGACCUCAAUUAAUUUGGAUAACAAUAAAUUGAGUAAAAUUGAAUCGCUUUGGUUUGAGGACAAACCUGCCCUUAAAUAUAUCCACCUCGAUGGGAAUUUAAUCAAAAAAAUUUCCGCUGAUUCGUUUGAGAGUUUAAAAGGGCGAAAAUCGAUGUCUGUGUUUUUGGGUGAUAAUCCUGUGGAGACAAUCGAAAACGAUGCUUUCAAAGGAUUUGAAGAAAUUUCAGUUUUGUCCUUGGAAAAUCUGAAUCUUACGUCUCCCGGAGCUUUUCUCCAAGGUCUCAAAAUCGAAACUUUGGAAUUCAACGGAAAUAAAUUUAAAUGUGUGGAAGAGGAAGCUUUUGAUCGGGUUCUUGUGGCAGAUACGACUGAAAUGAGGUCAAAUUCGCUGGAGGCUGAGUAUAUGUGUCUGAAAAUCAUCUUUUUGUGCCUGAUAUUCAGUGUUUUCGGUGAUGAACAUUUUGAAAUAAAUAAUUUAACGUUUUUGGUGGAACCCGAGGGCACUUACCGUCUUCUUGGCUACAGUCCUGCUGAGAAUUUAACAGCAGGAAUCAUCGCAAAUGUCGAAGAUAUGCAAACUUUGUUUUUGAAACACGAUUCGAUUCGGGAAAUUCAGCCUGGAGCUUUCCAAAACUUGCCAAACCUCAAAGACCUCAUAAUACAAUACAGCGAGCUUUCGAAGAUCCCAGCAGGAAUUUUCAACAAUUUAUCAACAUUGUCGUAUUUGGAAUUGGGUGAUAAUCAAAUCUCGUACGUUGAUCCGCACGCUUUUGAUAAUUUGACUCGUUUGUUCUCGAUUCGUUUGGGUAACAAUAAAUUGGAUAAAAUUGAUUCGCAUUGUCCAUUCUCAAACACAGACAUGUCUCUGAAAAUCAUCUUUUUGUGCGUGAUAUUCAGUGUUUUUGGUUGGCGUGAUGAACAUUUUCAAAUAAAUAAUUUAACGUUUGUGGUGGAACCCGAGGGCACUUAUCGUCUUCUUGGCUACAGUCCUGCUGAGAAUUUAACAGCAGGAAUCAUCGCAAAUGUCGAAGUUAUGCAAACUUUGUAUUUGCUAGAUGAUUCGAUUCGGGAAAUUCAGCCUGGAGCUUUCCAAAACUUGUCAAAACUCAAAAACCUCUUAAUACAAUACAACGAGAUUUCGAAGAUCCCAGCAGGAAUUUUCAACAAUCUCCCAAAAUUGACGUAUUUGGAAUUGGGUGAUAAUGGAAUCUCAUAUAUUGACCCGCACGCUUUUAAUAAUUUGACUCGUUUGACCUCGAUUAAUUUGAAUAACAACAAAUUAGAUAAAAUUGAUUCGCAUUGGUUUGAGGACAAACCUGCCCUUAAAUCUAUUCACCUCGCUGGUAAUUUAAUCAAAAAUAUUUCCGCCGAUUCGUUUGAGAGUUUAAAAGGGCGAAAAUCGAUGUCUGUGUUUUUGGGCGAUAAUCCUGUAGAGACAAUCGAAAACGAUGCUUUCAAAGGUUUUGAAGAAAUGUCAGUUUUGUCCUUAGAAAAUCUCAAUCUUACAUCUCCCGAAGCUUUUCUCCAAGGUCUCAAAAUCGAAACUUUGGAAUUCAACGGAAAUAAAUUUAAAUGUGUGGAAGAGGAAGCUUUUGAGCGUGUGUUUGUGGCUGAUACGACUGAAAUGAAGUCAAAUCCGCUGGAGGUCGAGUGUUUGAAGAAAAUUCAACUUUGGGCCCAAAAACACAACAAAACUGUUAUCACACAGUAAUUUUCAUUUUACAGGUUUAAGCUUAUUUUUCAGUCUUCCUAAAAUGUACAUUUUAAAGCUAUGUGUUAUUAAUUUGCUGAAACAUUCUAAGAAUUACUGAAGUUUGUCUACCGGAUUGCCAGUUUCAAAUUUCAAAUGUUGUGUGUAAAUAAACAAAAUAUAUGUA